AUGCCUCAGAGGCACUCAAAGAACAACAACGAUCUAGCCUACUUCACGUACGAUGAGAAGAGGAAGCUAGGUUACGGUACCCAGAAGGAGAGGCUCGGCAAAGACUCCAUCAAACCCUUCGAUGCUUGCUCUCUCUGCUUGAAACCAUUCAUCGAUCCAUUGUGCUGUCAAAAAGGUCAUGUCUUUUGUAAAGAAUGCAUCUUUGAGUGCUUAUUGUCCCAAAAGAAAGAUAUCCAAAGGAAGCUAGCUGCACAUACUUCUCAACUAAAGCAAGAAACAGAGAGAUUAACGCUACAAAAAGCUAGAGAACUCGACGCAUUCGAUCAACAAAACCACGGGGCCCUACCACAAUACAGUGACAAACACUUCAACAGAGACAGAAACGAAUUUCACGGAGCAAACAGUGUUAAAACCACAUCUUUUGAACAAGAAGCACUAAGAACCAUGAAGGCAUUUUGGUUACCCUCUUGCUACAUGACGCUCCGGUCAAAGUCAACGCUCCAACCACCUCCACAACUUGCCCAGAAGGUUAAGAAAAGCUUAAAAUGA